AUGACUGGCAAUUGGGCUUUAGAUAAUGCGCUGAAUCAGGUAGAGUCUGAUAUAUCAAUCAAGCCUGAUAUGCCUCAAACAGAUAAUUCGGGAAGCUCAGAGACUAGGUCCCACCCCAAGGUGCCAUCAGAAUCGCUGGAGACCGCACAACAUCUGAUGCCGAAUACCGCCACCGACUUUUUAACGUCUACUAGUUUUGCCAACCCUCAAAGCUUCUUAGAUCCAAUCCUGGAGAAUAACAACGUCGAAAUUCGAGAACAUCAGUUCAGCGGUGGAAACACAUUAGAUGAGUCAGUGCUGACCACGUUAAGCAGAGAUUUGUCUAGUAUUGGAGAUAAGCUACUUUCUAUUUUAUGGCCGUUAAGAUUGCGGCAGAGGCUCAUGCUCGUCCGCAGAGUCGGUGAGCAAUUUUCCUCAACAGGAACUAUAAUGGGGCACACAGAUUCCUUCAAUCAAGACGCUAGUCCCGAAGAAAGCACGAAUCCACAGAUAUUCAAUGAAUACUCCAAGGAAACCAUACAAAAGAUACUUGAUUGGGAUUUAUGGGGUCCGCUGAUAUUCGUUCUUUCAUUCAGCUUGAUAAUAACUUACUUGCAGAGUAAAACAUUGAGCUCUGGGGGAGCUGGAUCUUCCGAAUCUUCCCAAAUAUUCAGCGCUUCUUUUUCUCUUAUUUGGAUAGUGCUGGCUGUGCUUUCACUCAACAUACAACUAGUAUCUCCUGUCUCGCAAAUGACUGAUAAUGGCCAAUCAACAUCGGGUAUUAUAGGCCUAUCAUUUUUUCAGUGUAUGAGCAUCCUUUCAUAUACGCUAUUUCCGAUUGUCCUUGGUGGGUUGAGCUCUAUUUUCAUAUCGUGGAAAUUGCUAAGGCUUAUUAUAAACUCAAUUAUGUUUUUAUGGUCUAUUCUGUGCUCGUGGUUGAUACUAGCCAUUGUGAAUAACUGUCGAAAAAUCGGUACAGAAUCAGUAAUUUAUGGCAUGGCCGGAAAAUCGUGCUUUGAUCAUAAUGAUGGUGAGAAGCGAAUCUUACUCAUGAUCUAUCCCAUUAUUUUGGUCUUUGGUCUUCUAUCCUGGUUAUGUGUUAUAGUGUGA